CCGCCGAUUGGCUACGAGCCCUUGAGCGGCGGAAGCAGCUGGCUUGCGCGGGGACGGCGGGGAGGAGGCAAGCCUUGAAGAUGGCGGCAGUGGUGGAGGUGGAGGUUGGAGGAGGUGCUGCGGUGGAACGGGAGCUGGAUGAGGUUGAUAUGUCAGACCUUUCCCCAGAGGAGCAAUGGAGGGUUGAACAUGCACGCAUGCAUGCCAAGCAUCGCGGCCAUGAAGCCAUGCACGCAGAAAUGGUCCUUAUCCUUAUUGCUACCUUGGUGGUGGCCCAGCUGCUCCUGGUGCAGUGGAAGCAGAGGCAUCCGCGCUCCUACAACAUGGUGACCCUCUUUCAGAUGUGGGUUGUCCCCCUCUAUUUCACAGUGAAGCUGCAUUGGUGGAGGUUCCUAGUGAUCUGGAGCUUCUUCUCUGCUGUCACAGCCUUUGUCACCUUCCGAGCCACACGAAAACCUCUAGUACAGACAACGCCAAGGUUGGUGUAUAAAUGGUUCCUGCUAAUCUAUAAAAUCAGCUAUGCUACUGGCAUCGUUGGCUACAUGGCUGUCAUGUUUACCCUCUUUGGUCUUAAUUUAUUAUUCAAGAUCAAACCUGAAGAUGCCAUGGACUUUGGCAUUUCUCUCCUCUUCUAUGGCCUGUACUAUGGAGUUCUUGAGCGGGACUUUGCUGAAAUGUGUGCAGACUACAUGGCAUCUACCAUAGGGUUCUACAGCGAGUCGGGCAUGCCUACCAAACACCUCUCGGACAGCGUGUGUGCCGUGUGUGGGCAGCAGAUCUUUGUGGACGUCAGCGAAGAGGGCAUCAUCGAGAACACGUACAGGCUCUCCUGCAACCAUGUAUUCCAUGAGUUCUGCAUCCGCGGCUGGUGCAUCGUGGGAAAGAAGCAGACGUGCCCCUACUGCAAAGAGAAGGUAGACCUCAAGAGGAUGUUCAGCAAUCCCUGGGAGAGGCCUCAUGUCAUGUAUGGGCAGCUGCUGGAUUGGCUUCGAUACCUGGUAGCCUGGCAACCUGUCAUCAUCGGCCUGGUACAAGGCAUCAACUACAUCCUGGGCCUGGAGUAGCAGGAAGAGCAUCAGUGGAGAACCCGCCCCGCCUACCAUGGACCUCAGGGCACUCUCCUCCCUGCCCACCACGACUUCCUGGGUGGGAAAGACUCAAAGGGGCGCUUGGGCCACUCAGGACCCCUCCGGCUGUGUCCGGGCUGGGGAGGGAUAUGAUGGAGAGCCAGCCAGUGGGGCUGUCAGCAGUGGGGGGCUUUUUAAAAGAAAACUAUUUUGAUGACUAUAUUUAAAAAACCUUUUUUAUUGUGGAGCACAGGAAUGCCCCCAACCCCCGGCGUCAUCCUUCCUGCUCCAGCAGGGUGCGAGCAGGGCCGUGACACUUUUGACUUAAAGGAGCCUUCUCCCCUCUGGCCUGGGGGUUCUCGGGCGGCCGAAAGCCUCAGCUUCCUGAAGCCCUUUUGCAUCUCUCGGUGGGGCUCAAGCCUCGUCCUCUGAGCGGGGAGGAGCUAGACAGCUCAGGCAGGCGCCCCAGGAGCACACUGAGGCGUGAAGGGUCUUCCUUGUUGCCCCGUCGGCACACAGAAUGGCUGUUUUUGGCUCUGUCUCCCCUGUCCAGGAGCUAAAGGCUGGUUGAGGCCAGUGGAGCCUCAUCAGUGACUUCCAACAAGGGAAGCCCUGGGCACAGCCUUCACUGAAUGGGGACAACAGGUUACCUGCCCUGAGCAGGACUGUAGUCAGUGGGGUAGAGAGGCCAUUCGUGUACUAUUACGCCUGGCCGUCGGAGUGCUUCAGGGCCUCUUGUGCAAGCUGAUCCUUCAGCCAGGAAGUGAUGACAUGUGCCAAAGGCCACUCUGCCACACCACUUCCUUCCUGAAAGCCUGAGAGUGUACAUGUGUACAUGUGCGUGUCUCUGUGUGCGUGCUCAGCAGAGGAUGACGGGGAAUUUCUCCUGGUCACUGUGCCCUCGAGGGGAUUCCCAGCCCAGGGAAUGCCCUGCAUGAGCACCAUCAUUCACGGGGCUUGCCUGGGCCGGACAACAGCCAUGGUAGGCGGUGGGCAGAAGGAUAAGGCCUCGGUGAGUAGAUUUGGAAAAGGGCUCCCAGGCAGGCUCCAGCCCUGCUUCUAGGAGCUCUGGAGGACAUAGGAGGGCACACGUCGGCCUGCAGCACUAGGGCGUGUGGCUCAGCAGGCCUACCCCUUGAAGGGCAGCAGGAACCAAGAUCUUGUCACUCUGGUCUGAAUAAAGCUCCGUGAGCUGGGUUGGAAA